ACGAGACUGGACUCUUUGCUGGUCUCGACGCCUGUUGUUCAGACGCUGCGGCAUUGUAGUUUCCUGCCGGCAGGAGGAUCAUGCCAGCCGUGACUUCCAAAAAAUGGGUCCGUCCCAGACGACGUUGCCGGACCACGAACCCUUGAAGUUUUCGCCCCGUGCCGUCUCGCGGCUCGACGAGGAGGAUGAGGACGAGUGGCAGAAGACGAUACGCCCGGCACCCCUGGGCUCUCGAAGCGUUGCCCACUCGCGCGAGUCGUCCCUCGAGAAGCUCCAGCGCCCCGACCCCGCCGCACAGCCGCCGCUGCCCCGAGCCCACGUACCGCCGCGGAGCGCCAUCGGCGGCGUGAUGGAGCGUGUCGUCGACCCCAAAGCCUCGACGUACGGGCACCACCGGCAGACUUCGAUUGUUCAUGGCAUCGGGAUCCACCACUCUCGGAACGGCAGCCUCGCCAGCUCCUCAUCCAGCCCCCUCAGCCCGCAAAUGAUUGCUGCAGCAGGUGCCGGCCUCAACCCGGACAGGGUGGAGGUGCAUUCCUUUCCACGUCUCGACAGCGACGGGCAGCGGCCGCCGACCGCCCUCUCCGGGACGACUCUCGCGUCGGUGCCCAGCGUUCCCGAGAGAGCCCCCUCCGCCGCGGCCGGGGAGAUCGGCAGCCAGACCUCUGCGCGAGGAAAGAUGGAGCGGCGACACAGCGGCAAGUCAUCCCGCCGCGACCAUUCGCGUCAUCACUCGCAUUCCUCGCGGCAUCACAAGGACGAGCAGAAAACGGUCGGCGAGUACGCCCUCCACGUCCUGUUCACGUCCUUCAUAGCCCAGGCCGAGGAGAAGUUGAACGAGUGCAUCACGGUGCCUUUUGACCCGGAGCCGCAGGUUGAGCACAUCUGCGGGCCGGGCGUAGAUCCCGCCUUUGACCAGCUCAUUGUAGCCCUCGGGCAUAUUGCCAAGCAGAAGCCGAAGCCGCUGAUCGACUCGAUGAUGCUAUGGAGGAAGAGCAAGAGUGAUGCGGCCAACGAGGCCCGUAACCAGCUACAGCAGUCGCGAAUCUACCCACCGCCGCCGGGACCGCUUCCGAGGCGCAACACGGAGCCGGUACAGCCGGCGGCAAUGGGCGGCGGUCCGGAGGCUAAUCCGGGCGGUCAGAUGUCCCUGGCCGCAAAGCAGGAAUACGUUGCCCAGGCCGAGCGCCGCUCGACCGUAUCCAUCUACGUACUCUGUCGCGUCCUCCUCGAGGUCUUGAGCCAGAGCACGCUGGCUUCCAUCACGCCGGAAAUGGAGGACAAGCUCGAGAACAUCAUAUUCGGACAGCUAAAGAUCUCCGAUACCGAGCAGCUCAUGGUCUCCCCGCUCAAGCUGUCCAACUGGAAUCUCUUUGCCCAGCUUAUGGGUGCCAUGAGCGAGAUCAGCUUCACUACCGUGACUGACCGCUUCAUCACCGACUUGGACCGCUCCCUGCAGGAGAUGAAUGCGAAGAGCCCGGCCUCGUCAACCCGAGAACUCGAGAGCAAGAUCGAGCUCGUGCUGGGAGGGAUGAAGCACCUCCGGAUCAAGACCUCGCCUGAAGACGCUUGGGAUCGCUCGUGUGAGUUCAUGGCUUCGCUGGGCAAAUUAUUUAGCCGGUCCCACGGCCAAAGGGUGAAAUCGGCCUUCUGCCAGGUUCUAGAGAUGCUUAUGCUCCCCAUCGCUGCCAAGGCGACCAACGCCGACAUUGCGCACCCCAAGUGGACCGAAGUGCUGGCCACAGUCAGUCCACGGCUGGCCCAGAUGUUCGUGAAACCGCGGCAUUGGCAGGCCACGUUCCCCCUGACCGCUACCAUGUUAUGUGUCUCGCCGCCCGACACGUUUGUCAGUCAAUGGCUGCAGCUGAUAUAUCAGGUGCAGCCGCGGCUCAAGGACCGUUACGCUCGACCCCUCUGCCUGCAGGCCAUCUCGAGGCUCGUAUGGACCUACCUCUACCGCACCAAUGACAGCUCCUCCGGCUCGACCAGGAAGCUGGAUGAUGUCUUGAAAAUCGUCCUGCCUAAUACCAAGAGAGCCUUGAUAGCCGCGGAUACCGCCGUGAUCGACCCGUUGAUUCAAAUCAUCAGGUUCAUAGGGUAUAAACACCCAGAGUAUUGCUUUCGGACGGUCAUCUUCCCCCUGGUCAGCGCCGACCUCUUUACCUCCAACAAGGAGCUCAAGAUUGAGCAGCUCGACCCGGACCGGAUGGUCGUCGGAAUCCGAGCCUUCCUCACCAUCAUGUCCGACCUGGAAAAGGGUGACAAGGGCAGGCCCCCGUUUCCGCUUACGUACGCCCCGCCUUCUCUGCCUGACCGCGUGCUCCCGACGUCGCCAGUCCUCAGCCAGUCGCAUGAUUCCCCCUCUGUGGCCUGGGCCGCCUUGUCGGGCGGCGAUAGGUUGUCUCGGCCCGUGGCGGUUUCGGCGCUCUCCGAGAGCGUCAGGGACUAUUAUGCUAGGUUCUGUGAGAUUCUCGGCAAAAUCAGCAUCAUUUGCGACAACACGUUCGGCGGACAGGCUGCCCUGGACGAGAAGUUUGACAAGAUGGAGAAGUUCAGCAGCCCGGGCCCGAAAACGCCCAUCACUGAGACGUUCAACUUCUCGCGGCGGGACGAGCCGAGCCCUCAAGAUCAGAAACAGGCGUUCUACGAGCUGCUUCAUAUUGCCGUCCAGGCCCUCCCCCGGUGUCUGUCGCCCGACAUACCCUUCAACACGCUCAUCAACCUGCUCUGCACCGGGACGGCACAUGUACAGAACAACAUCGCAGAGUCGUCCGCGCAGUCGCUGAAAGCUAUCGCCCGCCAGUCGCACGCCCACCAAGUCACGAUGGGGUUUGCGCGCUUCAUUUUCAACUUUGACGACCGCUAUUCUACCAUGUCGGACGGGGGUAUGCUGGGGCCGGGACACAUCGAGAAGACGCUGAUGCUGUACAUUGAGCUCCUUCACAUAUGGAUCGAGGAGAUCAAGCAGAAGACCAAGAAUGCUGCGGACGAGAGCGGCGAUUCUAGCGCCGCCGACAAGAGAAGCAUCAAGCUCGACCUGUCGAGUGUCUGGGCAGAAGUCGACCAGGUGGAAGCACACGGCUUGUUCUUUCUCUGCUCGCAAUCUCGGAGCGUGCGGUACUACGCCGUUAACGUGCUCCGCCUAAUCACAGAGUUCGAUGCGGUCCUGAGGAAGCCGAGCGGCCGCGAGAAGGACACGCCAAGACUCAUCGACAUUCUCGAGAAUGACUCGAUGCAGGUUAUGAGCUUCAACGACGAGCAGCUCUCGGUAGCUGAGCGGAGCAGGCUGCAGCGGGGAAUGCAAAACACCAACAGCCAGGGGGCUCUGAUCGAGCUCUGCACAAGCGAUGUAUCGUACGACACCACGCUGUGGUUCAAGAUCUUCCCCAACUUUAUCCGCAUCGCGUUCGACAAGUGCCCGUUUGCCAUCACGCUCAGCCGGGACCUCGUCUGCGAGCGGAUACUUCAAUUGUACAAGGUCAUCACGGUGCUUUCUGAACCGCCGCGAGAGCAUCGGGGUCAGUACUACUCGGAGCCCAGCAGUGCUCGCAUGACGGGGAAGACGGCAUCAACUCAUCCCGGGGUUGUCAUAGAGCAGUGGAAGCUCUAUCUUGUUUUCGCUUGCACCACCCUGGCCGAUCCCGGCAGCGCUCACACAAGCGGAGCACAAAACGGCCAGCACGGGCGAAAGGGGUCCAAGGCGUCCUCGGCUGCCGAGAAGAUAGGAUCGGCAAGGACGCUCUUCAAGUAUCUCAAUCCCAUGCUCUCCGCCUCAUCUGCGCCAAUUCGGGAGGCUGUCGUCAUCGCCAUGGGAUCCAUCAACAUCCACAUCUACCGCACACUGCUCGAAGAGCUGCAGGGACAGGUGUCGCGCUGCAAUGACGACGCCCGACAACGCAUCCACCAGCGCACCAACAGCAGUCCGCGGCGAAAUCGCAAGAUGGAUAUUCUACGGACCGAGAUCACCCAUGUGUACAGGCUCACGUCGCAUUUCUUGCGAGAGCCCCAGGUUUACCAAGACGACUGGAUUCUGAACAAUCUGGUGGCGUACACCAAGGACCUGAAGCUCUUCCUGAUGGACGGCGAAGUCCAGAUGGACUGGGAGUUCCAAAAAUUGAGACGGCACUACUGCGGGCUGAUGGAGGAACUGUUCGAGGGCAUCAACCGAACGAAGGAUCCUUCUCGAUGGAUGACGUUCGAAGCUCGGAAGUCGGCCUUCGCCCUGAUGGAGGACUGGUGCGGCUUCUCGCCUAACCAGCCACAGAUCCGACGAAGAGAGGACAACAUGCGGCAGUCGGUCAUUGACCAAAAAGGGGCGGGUGAGCGAGGCACCGUGACAGCGGCCAUGGAGAUUGAGAAGAGGAACCUGCGCACGGCGGCCCUAAGUGCCAUGGCCGCGCUUUGCGGGGGGCCCAUCAGCGCCGUGACCGAGAGUGGCGCGUCCCUCCAGUUCGAUGUCCGGAGGAUGCUGGCCUGGAUCGAGGCCAUAUUCAACUCUGGCAGCGACCGCAUAAAUGUGAUCGGCCGGAGGGCGCUAAAGAACUUGAUUGUUCACAACCAGGAGUACCCGUAUUUGCUCGAGCAUUGCAUAUCACGGUGCUACCUGGCCGAGGCCCCACAGAUGCUCGAGAGCUACUUCACGGCAGUGACCGAGGUGCUCUUGGAGCACCCGGAAUACCCAACACCGUUCUGGAAACUGCUCGGGCUCUGCCUCUUCAUGCUCGGCAACGACCAGAGCUCCAUCAGGACCAAGAGCGCCCAUCUCCUGAAAGCGCUCGAGGAACGACAACCGCGGAGCUCCAAGAUUCAGGACUUCGACAUCAGCAUUUCGGACAAGACAAAGGCCGUCUACAAGCUUGCUCAGUUUGAAAUCUCGAAGCGGCUGGCGAAGCAGCACACCGAGCUGGCGUUCCACAUCUUCUCAGAGUUCACGUUCUAUUUCAAGGAGCAGCAAGCCGCCGCGCAGAGGAACGUCAUCGCUGUCAUCCUCCCGUGGAUUCAGGCGGUCGAACUCAAGGUAGACCCGAACGGGGGUCCCAUCGCACAGUCGUACGUCUUGCUGGCCAACCUACUCGAGAUCACCAUCAAAUCCAGCGCGGCUCUCCACAAUGAGGUGCAGGCUCUCUGGCAGGCUUUGGCGACAGGGCCGCAUCCUGGGAACGUCCGGCUCAUUCUGGACUUCAUCAUUUCUCUUUGCCUAGAGCGGCGUGAACAGAACUUUGUCGAGUACGCGAAGCAGAUUGUCGUCUUCCUCGCGAGCACCAACAGCACUCCGGGUAGCAGGGUGAUUGAGUUCCUGUUGCUUCAGAUCACCCCCAAAGCUAUGGUGCCCAACGAGAAGCGCGAGGCAAUCCCGCCUCCUCCCGACAUCAACAUGCUUCCCUACUGCGCCGACCUCUCGGAAGCUCUCCCGAUUGGCACCAAGCAAGCCGGUUUCUCCCUCGGCCAGCUCUCUCUCAUCUUGCUGGUUGAUCUGAUGGUGGCACCCGUCAGCCUCGCCGCGGAGAGCGUCCCGCCUUUGUUGCAGGUGGUCAUGGUCCUUUGGGACCAUUAUACGCCGUUGGUCCAGGAGCAAGCACGCGAAAUGCUAGUACAUCUCAUUCACGAGCUCGUCAUUUCGAAGUUGGACGAUGACACACCAGCGGCAACCAAGCAGUGGAUCGAGAGCCUGGUCGAUGCCAUUCGGCGGCAUGACCGGUCGGUCGUAUGGAGCUACGAGGACAGCAACGGCAAGGUGGACGGCUGCGGCAACAAGGUGCCGCCCAGCAUGGAGUAUCUGACGGCCGAGGUCGUAAAGACUUUUGAGCUCACGUUCCCCGGCAUCAAGGCACAAUGGGCAAGGCUCUCACUCACCUGGGCAACCUCGUGUCCCGUAAGGCAUCUCGCAUGCCGGUCGUUCCAGAUCUUCAGGUGCAUCCUGACGUCGCUCGACCAAUACAUGCUCGGAGACAUGCUCGCCCGUCUAUCCAAUACCAUCGCGGACGAAGACACCGAGAUCCAGACGUUCUCGAUGGAGAUCCUAACCACGCUAAAGACGCUGAUCGUCAAGCUGGAUGCCGACAAGCUUCUCGCGCUGCCUCAGCUCUUUUGGACCACAUGUGCCUGCCUCGAAUCCAUCAACGAAUGCGAGUUCCUCGAGGGGGUCGAGAUGCUGAACGAGUUCCUCGGGAAACUGGAUUUCCACUCCCCGACCGUGCGGCGGCUGCUACACGACGGUCAGCCGCCCAAGUGGGACGGGCCGUUUGAAGGCCUGCAGCCGCUGCUGUACAAGGGACUACGGUCGUCAAACUGCCUUGACCUGACGCUUUCGACACUGGAGAAACUGAUCCAGCUGCCCAACGACGCCCUGACAGGCAGCGAUAGCCGCCUGUUCUUUACCAUCAUUGCGAAUCUCCCUCGCUUCCUGCACGCCAUCGACCAGCAGUUCCUGGACCGCGGGAUCGUGCAGACGGCCGAAACGCUCAUGGCAGCAGCAGAAGAGCAAGGCUUGACGAGCGUGUCGAUGGUCUUGGAUGACUACCUCGCCUUCAAGUAUCCGUCGGACGAGGACUUCAUAGCGGCCAUGUUUGCCGCCCUUCGGGAGCGCUUCCUUCCCACGCUGGACUUCCGCAUGCUUACCAUGCUGAUGGGAUUUCUGACGAACGGGAUCUCGUGGGUCAAGAUCAAGACGAUGCGGAUCCUACGCGUGAUCAUUCCCGAGAUAGACAUGAAGAAGCCGGAAAUUGCAAGCCACGGAUCCGACAUGAUCUCGCCGCUCCUGCGGCUGUUGCAGACAGAGUACUGCAUGGAGGCGCUGGAAGUGCUGGACAACAUCAUGACCAUGUCCGGGUCCUCCAUGGAUAAGCACCAUCUCCGCAUGAGCAUGACGCGGCCGACGUCUAGGGCAGUCCGCAAGGAGUUCGAGCGCACGCAAAGCCUGUUCGGCAUCCCGGAGCCGUCUGGAUGGGCAGUGCCGAUGCCGGCGCGCAAGACAGACACAACCCGUGCCAACAUCCACGCGGCCUUCUACAUGUGCCAGAGUGAAGAGGGCAUCGUUGCACAGCCGACAAUGACUCCCGAGGUCGAGUUCCACCCAGACGACUUCCCUUACGGCUUCUUUUCCGGUUCUUUUGACCGAGCGGACACGAUGAUGUCAGACGACGGACGGGUGGACGCACCCAUGGGAGACCUCUUCUCCAAGCUCGACAGCCUGGACGAUUUCUUCGACGACCUGUCAGCCACCAGCCCUCCAAGCGAUGGCCGGUCGUCGCGGACCGUCACCGAGUUCUCGCCCGAAACGUUUGAAUCCGGCGCCCAGCUGUACGACGAGCAUAUACUCCCUAUCCUCCACCAGGCAUCCAACAAUAGCAACAUGUCAUUCCAAGCCGGAUUCGCAGACAGACCCUUCUACAUGCCGCGCGAGGGAGGAGGAGGAGGAUGUGGUGGUGGUGGUCUCGGGAGUGGAGCGGCAACACCCAGCAAUACCAUGAACCCAGGCGCCUUUAACGUCGGCGUGGGCAGCAGCGGCACAGCACCGAACAACAACAGCAACAACAACAACAACAACAACAACAACAAUAACAGUAACAAUAUUGAGAACAAUAACAACGGCAGCAGUGUGGUCACAACAACUGUCACCCCAGUUCGGCCAGGCCUCCAUGCCCGCUCCGUCACAUCCCCUUCGGCACCGGCCUCAUACCACGCCAGCGCAGCGACAAGCGACUUUACGUCGGACGAAGAGUUUCCCGAAGACGUCUUCUCCGAUGGCGACGACGAGCAUCUUCAGCGACCCAGCACAGCCAACGGUAGCGGUGCAGGCUCGGGCGGCAUCGGCGGCGGCGGAGAAGGAGCAGGAGCAGGAGCAGGAGCAGGAGCAGGAGGACCGGGAGGCGCAGGAGUUGGAGGAGGAAACGCAGGAGGGUCAUUCUUCCUUGAGAACGUGAUCCGCCCGCUGGCGCACGGCACGCGAUCGCGCAUGCGGAGGAUGACGGGGGGUAGGUCGAGGGACGGCGGGAUGGGGGUGCCGCCCGCGGGGAUGUAUAUGCAGCAAGGGGCCCAGUCCAGCCAGGCGGGACAGGGCCAGCAGAGCCCCAAUUCUUCUUUCCUGGGGAAUGGUUCCGGCUCCCUGUCGGCUUCGCCCCAGCAGAUUGGGCAAGGACAGCAGCGCGAGGGCCAGCAGCGGGAGACGGGGCUAAAGGGGACGACUGGGGGAGGGUUUCUGAUGUUGGGUCAUUGAGGAGGAGAGGCCGGGCAAGGACUGAUUGGAGGGGCGGCGAGGACGGAGUCGUCUCGACGGGGAUCAUGACCAUGAUGAUGAUGAGCUAUGGCGUGGUGUUUGGGGAAUGUUGUUAUGGCGACACGUGUACAUGUACAUGUAUAUCUCGACAAGGUGUAAGGAGCUCCAGGCGAUGGGGUUGAAAGGGCUUGUCAAACGGCGCUUGAACAUGGAGCCCUU